UUCAACCCCGCAGGGACAAUGCAAGGAAAGUGGAAGAUUAGAGAAAGAACUUAAUGGCUCAACUUGUACCACAGAUUCCAAAACCUAUCAAAAACUACAGAAGUUCAGUGGAACUAUUUUAACGGAAAGAGACGUAGAUUCAAAUAAGAAAGCUGUUGAUGAGAAAAACCCAAUGAAACUGCAAACUACAGUUGAUGAAUGCAAAGAAAAUGAUCGGCACGUUUUAGAAAAUGGAGCCAAUGAAUCAGUUAGUUCUGAGAAUGGACAAGAUGCCUCUCUUACACCAAUCAUCACUUAUUCAACUUAUCAUGGAGCAAGGAGGAUGAGAAGAAGGAGGUCUCAGAAGAAAGUAUUUAGACCACUAAAUGCCACAAUCGCUGAAGUAGAUGAAAAGAGUGCCAUUUCGUUGGUUAAUCAACAAAUUACAAAUCCAGUGAAAGAAGAAACUAACCAAGAUAACCAAACCAUGACUAGGAUCCAAAGGCCUUUAGUGGAAAAGAUACCCUUAACGAAUCAUGACAGUGAGAAGAAUGAAGCCCAAUCCAGAAUCCACACAGCAAGAUUUCCAUCAAACGAAGUUGAGUUUGUGACAGACAUGAACACAGAAAAUGAAAUACCUGCACAACAAUCUUCUUUCACUGGCAUUAACAGAGAAGUAGAACUGUCUGGCCAACAAAAAGAAGAAACAGCACUGAGAACAGACACAAUAAACAGCACCAAGAAGCAAGCAUUACAAUUGGAUACAUCACUGUCAAAUGCAGCUGGCAAGAGUUUCAGAACUGAUUCAGGGGAAUAUUGCACUCUAACAGGUUCAAAGUUAGAUGAUACAAUGAAACAGACUGAAAGAACUGAAUAUGUGGGGAAAGGCCUGACACAGGAAACAGCAAAUGAUGCUCCUGCUGCUAUAACAAAAAUUGUCUCUUCAACAGAGCCAGUGAAAAUGGUCCACAUGAGCAAUGAGGUAGAUGGGCCCAAAAUAUUACUCAUUGACCCUAGUGAUAAAUGUGAUUUGCAAUUGGAAGAUGCCAGUAGGACUCAAACAAAUGAACAUCUAACAGUGUCAGGAAAAGAUAAUGUAACAGGGAUAUCUACUGGGCUUUUUACAACUAACACAGAAAAUGUAAUAGAGGAACCAUCAAGGGAACAUGGUCAAACACAAAGGAAAGCAGAAACUAAUAUUAAACAUGUAAAUGAUGAGCAAUGUUCUGAGGUUUUGGAAAAGCUAAUGAGUAAGAAUUCAUCUGUUGCUGAACUAAUGAAUGAAACCAAAAAUAAAGACAAAGGUACUAGUACUAAUAUUGAUGGCAAAUUAACAACGACAUUUGAGUUAACAGGUGAAACUGUCUUUGCAAUUACUUCAGAAAAGGCUUCAAGUGUAAUAAAUUCAGCUGGAGUUAGAAGUUCUGAAGCCAUUUCGACUAUCGAACCCCAGACAACUGCAGAAGGCAACCAUAUACAGACAGAGAAAUCAUUCUACAUUCAAAAACCAGACCAGUUGUUUAAAAUUUCUUCUGAGAAAGAACAUGAUCCCAUUUCAGAAUUGUUCCUCUCUAAUCAGGCCCCUUUGCCUGAACCUAAGGUUUCUAGAGAAGCCAGGCUCUCCUUGUCUAAUGAGAGUAUCUUCUACAGGUACUAUCAAGAAUCAGCAAAUUCAUUAUUAGGUUCAGACAAUAGACAUUCACUUACAAAUAGUGAGAUUAUUGCAGAGUCAGCCUUCAAAGAAAAUCAGUUUGUUGGGGAAAUGCAGGACCAGGGAAAAACAUCUGAUUUUAUGAACUCUCAGAAUGAUAACAAUAAGAAAGCCAAGGAAACAAAUAGCAUGUACAGCCCAUCAGAAAACAGCCUGUGGUACAGAUGUUUUCAACAAAGUUCUGGCUUGUCAAACAUUGGAGGAAAUGCACAGUCUGACAUAGAUGGUGAAACACAUCUGGGAAACACACUGGCCAAUGAAAUUGUGCACUCAACAAAGCCAUUUGCUUUGGUAGUGAAUUCUGCUGACGGAGUAAUUCAAGGCACUUCACAGGAAUAUGCACUAAAUGAUUCCAAAGCACAGAGUGAAGAAAUAGCAAAGAGGAUCAAUACCAGUGAAAAUGAGGACUUGAGUGUGCCACCUUCAGUCAAACCAAGAGGCAAGGAGUCCACUUUAAAAAUCAGUGCGCAGGACAAAGAAGCCUCCGUACAAUCAGAAGCAGAAUUAAUAAGAGAUGUGUGCACAGUGGAUGCAUCCAAUACUCAACCGGUAGAAACAAAUCGUGGUGACACUUUGAAAGAAAGAUCAAAAGAAACUGCAGGAAAGUUGAUAUUUUCAGCAGUACAAGAAACACCAUAUAUCCAACCAAUUACCACAGAUAUCAAAGAGAACAUCACUAACAAGGAUAGGGUUUCAAAUCUAAUAACAAUUGUGAAUGUAAAGGACACUAUUGAAGAUGUUGAUUUGAAAGAAAAUAAUUUGGCAGUUGACCACACUUUUGAAGAGAUACCCGUGAAAUUAGAGGAGAGAGGACAAGCUGAUGGUGAGAGAAGGAAUGAAAGGGUACAGCCAGAGAGGUUAGAGGAGUCUGGAAAUAACUUGAUACACAGUGCUGGAGGAGAGGAUAAAAGUUUGCCUCUGAUAAUGCAGGAUAAAGUUUUUGAAUAUGUUCCGUCACUCCAGAAUGCUGCUAAGAAAGACAGCUCAGUGAUGAUUAAAUCACACGAGGAAGGCAUGAAAUCAGUACCUGUAUUGCCUGUGGGCAUCAGUCUUGCACCGAGACACGCUGCUGAAAAUUUAACAAAUCAGGAGGCAAGUACAAGUCUUACCACAAGUCCAGAAUAUGCAGUUACAGAAUCGUUACUUAAAGCAGAUGAGGACAAAGUGAUUGAUGGUCAGAUACAAACACAGCAGCCUUUAGAAGAAACAGAACUGAGAGCUGAGCUGAGAAACACUGCAGAUGGUGCAGAAGAUUCCUGGCCAGAAACGUCUUCAAAAAUGGCCUUUCAUAACGCAGAUUCCGUGGGCCAGGAAUUAAGAGAAAAAGUAUCGGAGCAAUGUAGUAUUAUUGAUCCAGCACAGAGUACAGCUAUACUGAGAUCUGAUUCCGCAAACCUGCCCCAAUCAAAUGACUUCCAGGGCAAUUCAGUUGCUGACUUUGAAAACAAAUUAUCAAACUCUGAAGAAGAAAAUUUUCAAUUGCGUUCUGUCCACUUAGAGAUAUUGAAGUCCACACAGUCAGGUGAUCAGAGAGACUCUGUAAACCAAAACACAAAACCCAAGAAAGAUGGAACAAGGACAGUUUUUGGAGUAAAAACCAUCUCCAAAUAUCCAUUACUAGAUUUAGUUAAACCAAUAAAUGAAGUGGGAAAGGAAAUGAUUCCAAAAGUGGUACUGACCAACAAGGAGACAGAAGCAAACACCCAGACACUUGGUACAGCCCAGGUGCCUUUGCCAGACUCUGGGGCAGCUUUAGAUAGUGAUAUUGACUCAGCCAGGCCAUCAGAAGCAAACUCAGCUGUGGAUCAUCUGUCUUCCCCUAAAGCAGUAACCCCACAUACCCAGCACAGUAAUACUGUUAUCAGUGAAGGAGGUACCACAAUAGAAACAAGCUCGCAUCCAGUAACAAUUCCGAGCUUAAAGGAUUCUGCUGAAGAUGUUGAUUUUAAAGAAAACACAAAGAACUUAGUUGCAAACAACACAGCCAAAGAAAUACCUGAGGAAUUGCUGAAAUCAGUGCAACUUGAAGUGCAAGAGGAAGAGGUGAUGCAGUCAGAGAUACAACAGCAGUCUGAAAAUGACACAAUGUUCAUUGCUGAAGGAGAGAAUAACAUGAAUGACGGUCUGAUACAAAUACGACAGCGUAUACAAGGAACAGAACUUAGAAGUGAGCUGAGAAACACUGUGGUUGGUGCAGAAGAUUCCUGGCCGGAAACAGCUUUAAAAAUAAUGCAAUCAGACAAUGCAAACAAUGAUACUAUGGGUCAGGAAUUGAUGGGAAUAGUCUCAGAGCAAUGUAAUAUUAUUGAUCCAGCACUGAGUACUGCCAUAUUAAGAACUAAUUCUGCAACAUCAAUCUGUUCAAGUGAUUUUCAAGAAAAUUCAGUUGCCGAUUUGGAGACGAGUGCAAAACAUGCCAAGAAUGAAAAUAAAUUUCAAACCGUUUCUGUCCAGUUGAGUAUAACUGGGCAGAGUGAGUCAAUUGACCAAGAAGAGUCCACAAAUCAAAACACAAAGUCAGAAGAUGGAACAGUUUCUGUAAUAAAGCCCAGCUCCAACUAUAUAAUACCAGAAUUAAUUAAGCCAGUGAAUGAAAAGGGACGCAGAAUGGUACAAAAAAUGGCACUGACCAGCAAGGAGAUAACAGCAGACACUCAGAUACCAGGUGAAACCCAGCUGCCUUUGCCAGACUCUGGGGCAGUUUUGGAGAGUGACUUAACCAUUCGGUCUGAUGUAAACUCAGCUGUGGAUCAUGUGUCUUCCCCCAAACUGGUAAUAUCACAUACUGAGCACAGUGGUGUUGUUAUCGGUGAAGGAGAUACCACUGUAGAAACCAGUUCAGAUCUAAUAACAAUUACUAGAUUAAAGGAUGCUGCUGAAGAUGUUGAGUUAAAAAAGAAUGAAACUAAUGGCAAUAAUAAUGCCAAGGAAAUACCUAAGGAAUUAGUGAGGACAUUGCAAGUUAGUGAUGUGCAAGAGAAAGAGAUGAUGCAGUCAGAGAAACAAGAGAAGUCUGAAAAUAACAGAAUGUUCAUUACUGAAGGAGAGUGUGAAGCCUUACCUCUGAUAACACAGGGAAGUAUUUCUGAAUACAUUCCUGCAGUCCUUAGUGCCUCAACAGCAACCGAAUCACAGGAGGAAAGUUUGACAUCUGCACCUUUAUUGCCUGUGGACAAUGACCAUGCAACUAUGGAGCCUGAUCCAGAGCUAAUAAAUUAUGAGCCAAUCACAGGUCUCUUAAAUCCUACUUCGACAAUUAAUCUACCUGACGUCACAGCAUUGUUACUUAAAGCAGAUGAGGACAAAGUGAGUGACAGUCAGGUACAAAUACAGCAGCCUAUAGAAGGAACAGAACUGAGAAGUGAGCUGAGAAACACUGUGGUUGGUGCAGAAGAUUCCUGGCCAGAAACGUCUUCAAAUGUAACAAAAAUGGCCAAUCAUAACACAGAUUCUGUGGGCCAGGAAUUGAUAGGAAAGGUUUCAGAGCAAUGUAAUAUCAUUGAUCCAGCACAGAUUAGUACCAGAUCGAGAACUAAUUCAAAUUAUUUUCAAGAAAAUAUAUUUGCUGAUUUUGAGGGAAGUAAGUCCAGUCAGUUUACUGAACAUAGUGAUUUCACAAGCGUAGAAGAGACUGAGCGAAUUCCUGAAGUGCAAGCAACCUCUGACCUUGAAUGUGUACAUUUAACUGAUAAAUCUGAUGGUGAUGUUAUGGAAUAUAUUGGGGAAUAUAUUGGAGAAUAUCUUGACAAUGAGAAUGGAAUGGAACCUCAAGGUUCAGAACAGGAAGCAUUAAUCCUAGAGACAUCAUUGAGCCAUAGCUUCAGAAGGAGGAAGUUUUAUCCUUUUGCUUUACCACCAAUAUAUGAAGAACAGGAUGUGGAAAGUGAGGCAACAACAAAGACCUCUAACGUUACCCAUUCUCUGACUUUAGAAGCACAGUAUAAUGCUAAUGAAUCUGUUGCAACGGUUCUUGAAUCUGCAGCAACAUCAUUAAAUAUGAUGCAGAGAGAAAGUAAACUUCCAGAAGUUGAGGAAGGUAAAGAAAAUUCAACCAGUCCUGAUUCUACUGGAGAAGUGAGCACAACAGUCUCCAGUGAUCAUUCGGAAAAGGCAACCAAACUUACUCAAGACAGAAGUGAGGAACAAAAUUUGCCUGUACAGAUACAAGCAGAAGUUUAUGUAGUUGAUUCCAAUACCUCCCUGAAACCAAUGCCAUCUGCAGCAGUAAGUAGUCUACUCUACAGCUAUUUCCAGUUGUCUAAAGAUGACUUUGAAAAGGUUAAACCAGCAUCAUCGGAUAUGGCUGCUGAAGUACCAAUUCAUUUGCAGCAGAAGCUUCUUGAAGAUGUAGAUGUGUUAAAAUAUCCAUCAGAUUCAAAGUGUCCUGUUAAGAACAAAACCUUGAAAAUCAACCCAAGGCCAGGGAAGAUGGUUAUUUAUGAUGAAUUAAACUUUCAUGGAAACAAACGUGAAAUCUUUACUGAUCAAUCUGAUGCAACAAGCUGGAAUUUUUCGGAAGGACUCUCUUUAAAUGUUGUCAGAGGAUGUUGGAUAAUAUAUGAAAAGCCUGAAUUUCAAGGUCAAUUGCUUGUCUUAGAAGAGGGACAAAAGGAACUUAAUAAACUCUGGGAUAAUAAUAACAUUUGCUUGGAUUCUACACAAUCAAAAAUUGUGAUUGGUUCCAUUAAAAGGAUUAUAAAGAAUCAUUGCAUUCCAGAGAUUGAAAUCAUCCAAGAACCUCAGCAAGGUGCCGUUAACGCUUACUUUAACGGUGAGGUAGCCUCCUUAGAGGAAUGUAGAAUAACGCCCACUGUAUCUUCUCUUGUUGUCAAUUCAGGAAUUUGGCUUGCCUAUAAUAAGUCACAUUUCUGUGGCCCCUAUACCCUGCUCGAAGCUGGUAACAAGCCAGUUCCCGUAUCAACUGAAGCAAAAUCUAAUGAUAUUAAAUCACUACGGCCUCUGAAAAUGGGUGGACUAAAAGUGGAACGCCCUAUGUCUCCCAGGAUUGUAAUAUUUGAAAAAGAAAUGUUCAAUGGACAUUUCAAGGAAAUUUGUAAAGACGUACCAGAUUUGAAGAACAUUUGGGAGAAUGCUACAGACCUGAAUAUGGAUAAUUUUAGUGGAGCAGGCUCCGAUACGUGUAAUUGGUGGAGUAUGGGUCUGUUAUGAAAAAGACUGUUACCAAGGACACCAGUACCUGCUGGAGGAAGGAGAGUAUGAGGAUUGGCAGGCAUGGGGUGGAUUUUGACAGUGCGGUACAAUCAAUGCGGUAUAUUCUGGCUGAUUAUAUGAAACCUGAAGUCACUUUAUUUGAGGAAGCAGACUUAAAGAAUGGCAACAGCAUCGUUCUCAAUAGUGCGGUUCCAAACUUGGAAAGUAGAGGAUACAAAACAGUAACUCGGUCAAUUAAAGUCAAAAGUGGAG